UAGUCACACACACAGGCCAAAGGACCUCACAGGCAAGGAGACGGCUCCGGGACCAGAGGGAGGCAGCCUUGCCGAGAGCGACAGGGAGGAGGGGACAAGCUAGCGCCGGGAGCCCUCGGUUCCGCUCCGCGGGCCAGGGGCCCCGCGCGCACACCGGCCCAGAGACACCCUCGCAGACACUCGUAGGCGCGCACGCGCACCCUCACCCCUCCUCCACCACUCCCGCCGCCUCCGGGCCGGACGAUGGAUCCCUGCAGAUCCCGGGGCUGAGAGCACCCGGCACCGCGCACCUCGCCGAGCCCGUGCGGACCGAGCCGAAGCGAGCUAGCCAGCGAGCGCGCGCAGGCGGGCAGGCAGGCGGACAGAUCUGAGCCGAGCCGGGCCGGGCGGGCGGCUCCCUGCAGGGUUCUGCGCGGCGUGCCGCGGCGGCCGCCCGCUCCGGCUCCGGGCCAUGAGCCCCUCCACGACUCGGCGCUGAGCCCACAUACGGCCUCGCGCCCCAGGACCUGCCGCCGGCUCCCGGCUUCCCGAAGACCCCUCAGGAUCCCCUAGGCAAGGAUGGAACUGAAAGCUGAGGAGGAGGAGGUGGGUGGUGUCCAGCCGGUGAGCAUCCAGGCCUUCGCCAGCAGCUCCACGCUGCACGGUCUGGCCCAUAUCUUCUCCUACGAGCGACUGUCCCUGAAGCGGGCACUGUGGGCCCUGUGCUUCCUGGGCUCACUGGCUGUGCUGCUGUGUGUGUGCACCGAGCGUGUGCAGUACUACUUCCACUACCACCACGUCACCAAGCUCGACGAGGUGGCUGCCUCCCAGCUAACCUUCCCUGCCGUCACGCUGUGCAACCUCAAUGAGUUCCGCUUUAGCCAAGUCUCCAAAAAUGACCUGUACCAUGCUGGGGAGCUGCUGGCACUGCUCAACAACAGGUAUGAGAUACCAGACACACAGAUGGCUGAUGAAAAGCAACUGGAGAUAUUGCAGGACAAGGCCAACUUCCGCAGCUUCAAGCCCAAGCCCUUCAACAUGCGUGAGUUCUAUGACCGAGCAGGACACGACAUUAGAGACAUGCUGCUCUCCUGCCACUUCCGGGGGGAGGUCUGCAGUGCUGAAGACUUCAAGGUGCCCUUGGAGAAGAUGCCAAUCCAGAUCUUCUGCUCUGUGUCAUUCUCCUCUGGAGAGGAAGUCCCAGGGUCUUUGGGAGAUGUCUGGGGUCCUCACCAUCACCACCAGCAACAGCAGAACAGCUCAGAAUCAGAAGAGGAAGAAGAGAAGGAAAAGGAUGCUUCGAAGAAGGAGGCCAUCAAGGGGGCUUCGCCUGUGGAUUUGGUGGCCUUUGCCAACAGAUGCACCCUCCAUGGUGCCAGCCAUGUCUUUGUGGAAGGGGGUCCAGGGCCAAGACAGGCUCUGUGGGCAGUGGCCUUUGUCUUGGCACUAGGUGCCUUCCUGUGCCAGGUAGGGGACCGUGUUGCUUAUUACCUCAGCUACCCUCAUGUGACCCUGCUAGACGAAGUGGCCACCACGGAGCUGGCCUUCCCAGCGGUCACCUUCUGCAACACCAAUGCUGUGCGGCUGUCCCAGCUCAGCUAUCCUGACUUGCUCUACCUGGCCCCCAUGCUGGGGCUGGAUGAAAGUGAUGAUCCUGGGGUGCCCCUUGCUCCACCUGGGCCAGAGGCUUUUUCUGGGGAGCCCUUUAAUCUUCACCGUUUCUACAAUCGCUCCUGCCACCGACUGGAGGACAUGCUGCUCUAUUGCUCCUAUCGCGGGGGACCCUGUGGCCCUCACAACUUCUCUGUGGUCUUCACACGGUAUGGAAAGUGCUACACGUUCAACUCCGGUCGAGAUGGGCGGCCCCGGCUGAAGACCAUGAAGGGUGGGACAGGGAAUGGGCUGGAGAUCAUGCUGGACAUCCAGCAGGACGAGUACCUACCUGUAUGGGGGGAGACUGACGAGACGUCCUUUGAAGCGGGCAUCAAAGUACAGAUACACAGUCAGGAUGAACCUCCUUUCAUCGACCAGCUGGGCUUUGGUGUGGCCCCAGGCUUCCAGACCUUUGUGGCCUGCCAGGAGCAGCGGCUCAUCUACCUGCCCCCGCCCUGGGGCACCUGCAAAGCUGUUACCAUGGACUCGGAUUUCUUCGACUCCUACAGCAUCACUGCCUGCCGCAUUGACUGUGAGACACGUUACCUGGUGGAAAACUGCAACUGUCGCAUGGUACACAUGCCAGGGGAUGCCCCGUACUGCACUCCAGAGCAGUAUAAGGAGUGUGCAGAUCCUGCCCUUGACUUCCUCGUGGAGAAGGACCAAGAGUACUGCGUAUGUGAAAUGCCCUGCAACCUGACCCGCUAUGGCAAGGAGCUGUCCAUGGUUAAGAUCCCCAGCAAAGCCUCAGCCAAGUAUCUGGCCAAGAAGUUCAACAAGUCUGAACAGUACAUAGGGGAGAACAUCCUCGUGUUGGACAUUUUCUUUGAAGUCCUCAACUAUGAGACCAUUGAGCAGAAGAAGGCCUAUGAGAUUGCAGGGCUCCUGGGUGACAUCGGUGGCCAGAUGGGGUUGUUCAUCGGGGCCAGCAUCCUCACGGUGCUGGAGCUCUUCGACUACGCCUACGAGGUUAUAAAGCACAAGCUCUGCCGACGCGGGAAGUGCCAGAAGGAGGCCAAAAGGAGCAGUGCCGACAAGGGCGUGGCGCUCAGCCUGGACGACGUCAAAAGACACGUGAGGAGCGAGCAAGGGGGCGCCCUCCAGGCCUCCCCUUCCCCCACCGCCCAAGGACCACCCCCUCCCUGCUCGCCGUCCCUCCUUUGCCUCACAGUACUUCAUAGAGACCUGUGGCCCUUCCCGUAACCAGUCCCUGUUUUGCCCCUUUCCCUAGAACCCGUGCGAGAGCCUCCGGGGCCACCCUGCUGGGAUGACAUACGCUGCCAACAUCCUACCUCACCAUCCGGCCCGAGGCACGUUUGAGGACUUUACCUGCUGAGCGCAGGCCACUGUACCAAACGCCUAGGUGGGGAGGGCUAGGAGAGCAAGGGAUCUCUAGCUGCCCCAGCAUCUGUCUUGGAGACUCACCCACACUUCUGGGGCAGUCCUGUCCUCUCGUCUCUGGUGAGGAAGGAGUGUGGACUGUAGAGUCCUCUCCCUGCCUCUAUCCCAUUCUUUUUAUUUUAACAAAAUUAAACUAAUCUAAAAAUGAGAGGGGGCAAGGGAUCUCAGGCUGCCCCUCUCUGCUCCAUGCUGCCUCCCUUAGCUCCCAGCCUAAAUUCUGUCUGUCUGGCUGUCUGUCAUCUGAGUGUCUGCCUACAUUCUGCUGCCACCAGUCACCAAAGCCCCCUCCCAGUGAGGGGUGGAGGGGAUCCUUGGGGUCUGGGAUUUGGCCCCAAACCAGAGAAUGUACCUUAAGGGGGAGGGCUAGUGGGAGGGCUUCCCCAGCCUUAAGAGACCCUCUCAGCCCAGUUACUCCCCACAAACCCAAGUCUCCAGGCAGGAACUAGAACCCCAGCCUCACACCCUCACACCAUGUGGAAUCUCUAGUAAGUGGAUAUGGGGACAAGAUGUGGCCCUGGUGCUGUAGGCCACAUCCUGAUACUUACAAGUUCAACCCCACCCCAAAGCUGCUGGAGAGAAAUCCCAAGAGGUAGCACCCUCUACAUCCCACAGAAGACCUGGCUGGUUAGCUUCCAGCUCAGGGAGAGGGGCACUGGUGCCUGACCUCACUGGCCCCUCUCCCAGAGGCCCUUGCAGAGGGCCACAUCCAUAAAUUUUCUUAUGGAACUCUCCCAAGUCCUCUUCCCUAACUUCAUUUGCUUCUUUCAACAACCUCAUCUGCAUUUUCUAUUUCUAUAUGAUACAGACUCUAUAUUGCUAUAUCUCUGUAUAUACUUUCCUCUAACCCUGUCUGUCUUCACCCCAUUCCCUCUUGUCUCUGAGAUCCAUCCUCCCACUCAAAGUUCCCCCUUCUGUGUUCUCCCCACUCCCUGGUCUUUGAAUGCCUUCGCCUGUAUAAAGAAUUGGACUCUCUCCCCUGGUGUCUGUACUGUGUACACACAUCCCUCUGAGAAGCACAAGGAGACGACACGCGCAUUGUAACCUUCGCACUGUCUCGGUGGCGACAUAAAGGAAGCUGUGAAUCACAAGCUCUGCCUCGAUCUGGCCUCACCCUCUCCCCCCAAACCUGGGCACCCUCUGCCCUCCCUGUAGCCUUAACAUUCCCUUUCCCUGCUCCACCUAUCCCAGUGCCCUUUGCUUGACUGACUGUGGCCUCCCCAAGGAAGAGGUUGCUACAGAGGUAGCCUCUACCCAGGGAAUGGAGAGCUGUGCUGGAUAUUAAGCCAAGUGUCAGCCACAGAGGGAGGUGGGGAUUGGUGAUUCCCACAGCUGGGGCAGUGGAUGCCCACAGGUAGAAGCUGAGGUCUCGGCAGUGGCCCAGCCCCACUUCCUCACCUUAUGCCAAGCCAAUCACCUAUAUUUUCUGAUGAGGCAGGGUUUGGUAGUGGGAGGAAAAAGGCAGGCCUAGAAGAGGAGUUGAAAGCUCUGCUCUUCUGUCCCUCCCUACCUUAAUGAGAGACAAGUGAGGUAGAGGGCUUGCCCCCACCCCCUCCACCAGGCACCCAUCCUAGGCCAGAGCACCAACCCUUUCCAGGCCUUCUCUGCCCAGCUGUCUCUUGGUCUCCAAUCCCAGAACAAGACCUGUGGGCAGGUCACCUGUGCAUUGGCCUGGAGCUGGAGUGAGGCUGUAAGACCUUUGGGAACUCUUAGGAACUAAGAGUUCCUUAGAGAUCUGACCUCCCCAGAGGGAAGUAGGAGUAAGGCCAAGAAGUGUGCACUGGAUAGGGGAACAGCAGGCGGGGCUGGGUGACGCAUGCCUCUGGUCUAAUAAACUGGGUA